UCGAGUAAUUCGUCAAGAGACGAACAUAUACCACAAGAUCGGGUGUUAUCCUUGAUACUUGUGUUAAUAGUAUCGCGUGAUAUGUCUUAUCGUCAAUGAUUUUAAUAUGAGAUUGGUGGUUUCCAAUCUUGCAGCCAGUGGAAGCUUGUUUUCGACGAUAAUUUCCUAUGUGUCCACGUACAAUGACGUAAAACUUCAUGACUAAACGUUCCAAUUACGAUUUAACAGUGACGAGACGUUAACCACGUUACCAUACACCGUACUGAGUCGCGACAUUAGUUCAGUAAAUAUGCCAGAAUUGACGGAGCUUGACAAGGCUGCGAGCUCGGAGCCUACAAAGGUAGAGUUGGUAGGCAUCGGUUCUGCGACUGAUUCUGAUUCGGACGAUACUAUACCGGAAUUAGAAGAUGCUGGCACUCCGGGUACCGUUGGUUUUCCUGGCACAACGGUCACUGGACUUCCCAUUGAUAUGGUGUCCAAGGCCAAGCAAAGCCGUGGAGAAAAGAAAGCUAGGAAGCUCAUGAGCAAAUUAGGAUUGAAGCCUGUUCAAGGAGUCAACAGAGUAACCAUUCGUAAAUCAAAGAAUAUUCUGUUUGUUAUAAACAAACCAGACGUUUUAAAGAAUCCAGCUUCAGAUACUUAUAUAGUAUUUGGUGAAGCUAAGAUUGAAGAUCUCAGUCAACAAGCUCAAGUAGCAGCAGCAGAGAAAUUCAAAGAACCACCAGUUAUACCAGCAACUGAAGCUGGUGGCAGCACUACGGUUGUUGCUCCUAUACAAGAAGAAUCGGAAGAAGAGGUUGAUGAAACAGGAGUGGAAGAAAAAGAUGUUGAUUUGGUUAUGUGUCAAGCUAAUGUAUCACGAGGGAAAGCUAUUAAAGCUCUCAAAAAUAAUCAAAAUGACAUCGUCAAUGCUAUUAUGGAAUUGACAAUGUGAUAGAGCUGCUUACAAAUAGGAUGUGCACUGACUAUUCCGAGAUUGUAAUUUCAUUACAUGUAUCAUUAGAGAACAUCGUUCUUUUUUUAUUUCAUUGAAUUGAGAGAACAAGCUACAAUAUAUUGUGAGAAAACUGGUCAUAUUGGUUAAUCUUCUGUA